GAUCGGUUCUAAGUUACUGCACCACUUCUUCACACUGAACACUUUGUUUAUUCCCCUCAGAGGAGAAAACACCUUCAGAGCUCUGCUGGUAAGUUUCUCUGUUGUCACGACAACUUUGGACCCUUUAUUUAAAAUCAGCGCUUAAUUUGCAUACGCUGUGUUUUAUUCUACUACUCAGCAUGCUUUUUUUUGCAGAAAAUGUUUUUUAUUUUGUUUUUUAAAAAUUCUAACAUUUUAAAAAGUUGGUUUCAGCUGCUUUUUAUUCGCUUGUCACUAUACAGUCAAUUUCUUUGUGGUGCAAAAUCUGUUGGGUCAAUUUAAAACAUAUAUAUCACUCAUAAAUGCACAUAUAUUUCUUGCUCUUAUCUUGAUUCCUGUUUGAAAAAGAAAAUAACUUAAAAUCUAAUGAUGAAGCUACAAUAGUUCUGAUUAUCUGUAAUGAACUAAGUCAAGCAAGAACAUCCUCAUUUACUGUAAAUCCACUCUGGAUGUCUACUUGUGUAACUCCUUGCAGAGCUGAACUGGGGCAAAGAAGUCUCCAGUUAAGUGAUGCAUGGAGUGAGUUUACCGUAAAAACAAAGUAACAUGUAAACACGUGUGGUGAUACGAGGAGCCUCUCUGGGUUUGUUGUACUCUUCUGAUGGAGGCUGACCUCCUGACACAGCAGAUGGUACCUCCAUGAACACAGACUGGCAGCUUCUCAAGCUGUGGUGAGCUCUGUGAGGUAUCCUUUCAGGUAUUUAGCACUCACCCUCGACUGUUGAUCUCCUAAUGGUCUCUCUAAAGGCUGUUAUGAGUCUGUGUGCCAGUAAAUGUCCACAGGAGAAACAAAAGAGAGAGUUUCUGACCGUGUGCAUCUUAUAUAAACAGACUGAAGCACCAAUGAGACGUGAUAACCUGCGAGUAAACACUCGAGCAGUCUAAAUAUUUCCCCUGUAACUUCCAUCAUGCUGCAGAGAUCAGAAUCGAAGGAUAUUCGUUUUUGUCUCACAGGUUUUAACAUUCAUUUAACAUUAUAACUUUAAAAAAAUGUAAAUAGCUCUUAAAUGUGUGUAAUGUAACCUUUGUUUAUGUUCAAAGUACAAAUGGCUCCAGUUUUUUGCUGAAUGAAAAGAUGUUUAGCACCAUCUAGUGGAAGAACUUAUUAUGACCACGCACAGCAUGUUAAAUCAGACUCCACUUGGAUCAGAUAAGCUGCAUCACACCAGAUUGCACACCUUGUUUUGGUGUCCCUGCUCCUCUUAUUCACUAUAUUUCACUAUCGUCUCUGUAUUUUAAAGGCAAAUAUGUGCAAAUGUUUACCUUUUCCUUCAUGACUUCACUUGAAAUGUCCUCCAGAUUAAGUUUGGACUGUGACGAACAGACUGAGCUCAACAAUGAAGCUCCUGCUGCAUUUGGCUGUCCUGGUGGGGACUCUGGGGGUCCUUUAUUCCACGCCAGAGGACCAGUUUACAGGGAUUACAGAGGACACUUUAAAACGUGAGUCAACAGACACCAAACUCUUUAUUUUAUUUUGUUUGUCCUGUCUAUUGUUUUGGUCUUUUAUAUACUGUUUGUAUGAAGUAAGAUUUCCUUUUUAAACCUCCUGGGUUCAUUUAAUCUCACCUGCACAUCCGGUUUGUUAUAUUUAUGCUAUUUUUCCUGCCUGUAUAAUUGUGCAAAUCAAUUAACAAAGAGUUUGUUUGUUAAGUUUGUUAAAGGAUAUUCUCAUCUUAUUACCAACUCAGAUGUCAAACAUUAACAUUUAAGAUAUUAUAGUUGCUUAUUGUUCAUUUAAAUAUUUUUUAACAGUUUUCUGUUUUGACUGUGAAAAAGUGUAUUAGUUUGUGUUUAUGGAAACAUCCCAGUCAUGGUUUUGUACCUUUUUCUGCUUCUCUCAGAGCUGUCUCUGAGCGGCGAAAAGCUGGUGGAUGAGGAGAUGAAGAGGGCUCUGUACGGGGUGAAGCAGAUGAAGGAGGUGAUGUGGAGGAACGAGCAGAAGCACGAACACCUCAUGAGGUCUCUCCAACACAGCAGCGACAAAAAGAAGGUCUGAGCAGUCAUUUUUUUUCUAAAAGGAGAGAGAGAGAGGCAAAAAUGAGAAGGAGGUAAAUAAAACUGUCCCUUAUUCUGCCACCAGGGGGCGGUCCAGCUCGCUAAGGAGGUGACUGACAAACUGAAGGAGGCGGAGGAGCAGUGCAAAGACUCCCUGCAGGCUGAGUGGGAGGAGUGCAGACCCUGUCUUGAGGAUGCUUGCAAAACUUUUUACACCUCCACCUGCCGCAGGGGGUUCGCAACUUUCCAGACAAAGGUACAGAAAAAAAAACAAACACCUGUAACCUCUGUGCGUCUGACUCUGACAUCCGAACUCCAGAAACUAACAAACUGUGAGGCCUUCAGAUAAAUUUGACCUUUUUUAGAAUCAGAUCUUUGGCCUUAGUUGGAGUUUUAGCUUUAAGAGGCAGCAUCGACAACUUUUUGUUGUAGAAUUUUGUGAAAACCAGUUUCCGGUUUGCAGCCUCCAGGAGACAGACCACAAAACCCAACUCAGGCAAAAGGGGGUGGUUCAACUUACUCUCCCCUACUGUCCAAAUCUAGGUGGAGAACUUGUUCCGCAGAGUGUCCCGGCGCUUUGGCCCCCGUCAGUCUCGCGUUGAGUCAGGAGACAUCCUGGUAAAUCAGGACUCUGACGAUACAGACACAGAGGUCACCCGCAUCGAGGAGUCCUUCGGUCGCCUCAUGAGCAAAGUGGGCACUCUUGUGAACCGCAGCGUCACCCUGGUCUCCAGGAUGAGCAGCCGGCUGGACAAAGCCCUCCAGAGAGCUUUCCUCAAUAACACAGACGACAUCCUGAAGAAAGAGGAGGAAACCUCUGACCCCUACGACCCCGCCAGGGACUCCGGCUUCCUGCAGGGUGUGGGCCUGGAGGAGGUGCUGGACUCUUUCUUUGAUUUUGGGAAGAGUGUGGUGGAGGAGUUUGGAGCUGUAGUGACACAGGUGUUCGAUGACAUCAAGGAGACAGUAGAGGAGGAGAAGAAGAGAGGUAAAGAAUCCCUCAUUACAGCAGUUGUAUACGUGCUAUUUGUUGUCUUUUUGACUGUUCAGAACUACAAAUAAAAAUAUUUAAUCAACACUGAUUGAUUUUCUGCUAGAGAGGGAGAGUUUCCCUCGUUUCCUGCAGAACAGAAAGUUGUGCCGAGACCUUCGCAAGCAGACCUCAGAGUGUUGGCGUCUGCAGAGCCAGUGUGAGGCCUGCCAGGGAGCUCUUCUCACAGGUGAGGUCCACAUCCUCCAGCUCUCUGUAACUUACUCCGAUAUCUUUUUCCACAUGUUUCUAAGUCCUCUUCCUUCGACUGCUCCUCUUCCUCAGAGUGCCAGGGUGUCAGAGAGCUUCACAUUGAGCUGGAUGAAGUUUCUCAGCUGUUGGACGUGUCCAAAGAGCAGUAUGAUGAGAUCUUGUCCAUCGUGCAGCGUCACACCGAUGAGACUGUGAGCUGGCUCGGGAACAUGGCGUCUGAGUUCAGCUGGGUGGCGAAGGCUGUGAGCAACAGCAGCACUCCAGAGAACAUCUUCCGUGUAUCUGUGGUAAGAGGGAAUCAGGGGAGUGAUGAAGAGUGGGAACAGCGUCUUGAAAUAGUUUUCAGGUGCAUGUUUGAGGGAGUGUUUGAUCGCCGUCUCCAUCCUGUUUUUGUUUUUUUUUCCAUGUGGGAUUGUCAGACAAAAUUCAAAGCUCUUGUUUGGCAUUAUUGUAUGGAAGUAAAUCUGUGCCAUCUGAUUUUAAAUUUGAAUUUCAAAAGCUGAUUUUUUUUUUGCAUCAAAUUCAAACUCAGAAUUUCGAAACUAUUUAGUUUCAAACAUGCAUUUUUUAUUUCUGACAAUUUUUUUUCCACAAUGAUGAAAUAAAUUCAGUGUUAAAACAAAAUCUCUCAAAAAUAGUAAUUCAACUUAAAAAAUGUGUACAAUAAAUUUUUGACAAAUAUUUUGACACUGAAAUUUUUUUAAUGUUGAUUUUUUUUUUAUUUUUUUUUUACAUUUUUUAAGUCGAAUUUUCACCACACGAAAAUUUUGAGACACCGAUUUUUUUACGCUGAAUUUAUUUCAUCAUUGUGAAAAAAGUGUCAGAAACAAAAAUGCGUGCUUGAAAUUCAAUGGUUUUGAAAUUCAAAGUCUGAUUUUGAUGCAAAAAAAAUUCAGCUUUAGAAAUUCAAAUUCAAAAUCAGGUGGCACAGAUUUGCUUCCAUAUCAUCCUUUCUUGUACAUCCUCACGAGUCUGUCUUAAAAGUAAGUCCUCCAAGGUUACGAUACGAUAAGAUACGAUACGUACUGUGCUUCCUUUCUUCUAUGUUUCCUUUACUAAUACUUUCCAUCACACUUUGAUAAAUAAGAAACUGUCAACAUGAAACCACAGAUGCUGGCUGUUUGGUGUUAAAAUUGACUUUUUUCCUCCUCCAGGUGGCGCCAAAGAUCCCUGAUGAGCAGAAUCUGUCUGAGCCUGAGACCACAGUGGAGGUGAACAUCCUGAACUCACCCGCUCUGAUCCUCUCUGUCCCUGGGGAGCUGGAUCUGCAGGACCCGGCCUUCAUCCAGUAUGUGGCUCAGGAGGCUUUGAACAAGUACAAGGACAUGGUCAGGUGAGAGGUUGAACUGUGUUAGAUUAGACGAGAGACACGAGAAAUCCAGCUCCUCUUACUGACAUGCUUGCACUUCUGCUAUAAAAUCCUUAUUAAAAAACGCAUAAAUUGGUUAAAACUCUGCAGAUAUUUGCUCAAUCUCUCUUGCAGCACAUGAAUGUUAAAAUAUUUUGCAGACGUUGAUAAUGUUUCUCUCUCUUCACAGGUUUGAGGAUGAGUAAAACUGCGAUUCCUCGUCUCUGGAGACUCUUACAGCUUUUUCUCCAGGAACACAUCUAGACUGUGUUUCUGUUUUGUAGCUGAAAUGUAAAUACACCUGGAUCAAUAACUGCUUAUAAAUGUAAAACUGCUGAAAUACAGUAUACUGUAAACAAUCAAAUACUCCAAGGGUGUAAAUCAAGAAUUGAAUAAAAAUACAAGAAAGAGGUACCUGAUGACGCUCCACAGGAGAAAUCCUAAAUAAAAAAACGUGAAACAGAAAA